GAAAGUACAGUACUUAUCACACAGCCAGUCUGAAACAAUAGUGUUUGCUCUGCAUGUAUCUGAUCAAGCUGUUAUAACUCUUUAACUUUGUAGUUUAACAAUUUCCGGGAAGGAGCUCAGGGUUCAGUCAAGAGAUCACACUGAAAGAAAGACGUGUAUAGUUACUGGAAGGAUCAGGUAGCAUCAAUUUGGUGGAUGGAAUCAUUAAAGAUUUAACAAGAGAUGUCACAUGCAAGCUGAAAUAUGGGUGACAAAUGCCACUGUUCGAUGCAUUUGUGAAACAAAUUUGUUUGAAAAACUGAAACAAAAUGGAGGAGCCUCUGGAAGAGGAAGACAGCACUUUCACCAACAUUUCCUUGGCAGAUGAUUCAGAAAAUACAUUCUGCUGGAGAGGCACUGCAUUUAUACCUUUUACCCACCAGGAGCUGCACUGCUGCCCGAACAGAAGCAGCUGCUUCCGCUCAGGAGCAGCCAGCCGCAGAAAGGAGAGAGGGACGAGAAGAAGCUGUAUUACUCACAGUGCCCUGCCUGUGGGGCCAGAACUCCUCCCAGAAGACCUGAAUCCAGGAGUGGAAAGUUCCCCUUCCACAAUGAUGAAUGCUGACAUGGAUGCUGUUGAGGCUGAAAAUCAGGUGGAACUGGAAGAAAAAACACGGCUUAUUAAUCAAGUUUUGGAACUGCAGCACACACUCGAAGAUCUGUCAGCACGAGUAGAUGCUGUUAAGGAAGAAAACCUGAAACUCAAAUCAGAGAAUCAAGUUCUUGGACAAUAUAUAGAAAAUCUCAUGUCUGCAUCUAGUGUUUUUCAGACAACUGACACAAAAAGCAAACGAAAGUAAGGGGUUGAUUUCCAGAUUACAUCAUUGUAUUGCUGCUGCUGUUUCUGUUUUCAUUGGCAUAGGCUACAUGAGUUAAAAUACCUUAGUUUUUGGCUUCUCUGGCUAUUUGAAGAUUAAUGAAAAUUAUAGACAGUUAAAAACAUUAUCGUAAACAACUGGAGCCAUGAGUUUGUGUAUUGUUAGCCUUUGAGCAAUGUGCAAAUGUAAUGUAGAGACUUUAUAACUAGACUUGCAUAUUUGUUUCAAAAAUCAACAACGGCAUGUCUUGUCAAAACUGGAUUCAGUUUGUCAGGUUAAGCAAACAUCGGACAGUCAACUACUUUGAAGAUUUUAGGAUAGUGUCUUGUAGCAGAAUAAUACAAUGAUGUGUAAAAUGGUGUUAAUCUUAUUUUAAAUGAACACUUAAACUUACUUUGCACCACCUUUUCUUCAGCUCAGAAAAUAAUUUUAGGUAUCUGUCUAGAACACUGUCAUUACCCCUUCACAGAUGAAAAAUUAAUAUUUUUAACAAGUUAAGGAUUUUUAUGAACUAGCAGAGAUGUGACUGUUCUCUGCAGGAUUCGAAUGGCUUGCUUGUUGACAAACUGAAGAUAAACCCAGCGUAAAAGAUUGUAAAAGAUUUUGUGGGGACUACUGAAUUAUGGGAAUGUUAAACUAUUUACAAGGUGUAUGAUAUCUUUCACACUUCAAACCAGUUUCUUUUCCCUAAUUGCCAGCAGUUUUUCUGUUUGCUAAUGUCAUUCAAGGAGGUGGUGUUACGCCGUCUCAAGAACUACUCAUCUUGGCAUAUCUGCUUUUGUACUGGGGGCUUUGCCAGCAUAGCUAUAUUGUUUUUUCACACCCCAAUGGACAUGUCUAUAUUGACAACUCUUUGUAGCGUAGACCUGGCCCUAGCCUCUAUGUUGCACUGGAGCAGUGUGCAGGUGCCGGAAGCUAGCCUACUGUUUCAAACUUCAUUUGGUGCCCAACCAGUCUCCUUGUACUGAUUUCUACUGCCACAGGUGGUAACUUUCAGUUUUUGCACUAAUACACUUCUGUGCUAUCAAGAAGGGGCAGAAAUUGGAUGGGAUAUUCUGGCUACAUUAGUAGUUGAAAUGCUGUUUCAGCACAGGUUCAAGGGGACUGAUUUAUGUGACCCUCAGCAACUGUUCAGUUUCCUAAGGUAGAUGUGUUAAAUGGUCUGCUGUUACUGGGGUUGGGUUCUAGUAAAGGUCAGCAAAGUCUUUACAGAUAUUUCUAGUGUACUUCAGUAUUAAUAGUGAAAAAGCAAAAGGUAUCUGUAUUGAAACUUGCAAAUCUCCCAAAUGUCUUUAUAUCAAGUUAGUUGAUUUGCUGUGGUUUUAUGAAUGUUAGUUAAAAUAUCUUUUCAAUAAUGGAAAUCACUUUUCCCAUGCUAAGAGGUAAAGUAAAAUGUGUUAUUGUCAAGGCUGCAUUUCAUCACUACUGUGAUGGAUUCUGUAAAAUAAAAAAACAUGAAAAUUAUGUUUGGGUGAGUGGAUGUAACUGUAAAGAGUUAAACCAAUGUCAGACUGAGCUUCCUUGGCAGCUAAAAGAGCUAGAGUUCAGCAACAGCAGAGUGGUGACACACAAGACCACAUCCAUGGAAGACUGAGACUGUUCAGGCAAUGGGGCCUUGGUGCCUCCCACAACUGUUUAAAAAAAAAAAAAAUACACCUGUACAGUUUUAGAUGGCUGCUAGCAGGAUGCCCAAAGUGAAGCUUCUAAGUCCGAUAUUGAGUCAGGGCCCUGGUUGUAACAAGGUUAAAUUUGUAGAGUGAAGGGGACCUAACAUGGCUAGGGCUUUAAUCCAACCGCCUGGCCAACAUAGUGGCUGGGUCUUAUAAACCCGACAGUAAUUUUAAACUCCCUUGGGGAGUAUCUGUCCCCUUCGUGCUUACUAAACACCCUGUGUGUACUCAAGUACUGGUAGCAAAUAGGAUUAAUCUUUUGGCUAAUUACUUAUCCAAGUGGUAUUUAGCUAUAAAACAGUGCCCUGACACUUGUCUUUGAAAAAUAUAUACCUUUGCUGCAUUCUCCAUAACUGUCCUAUGACUUAAGGGAUAGCACUACACCCCCUUUACAUAAUAGGAAAGAUCUACCAUUGUCACCUGGUUACUAGUUACAGUUGAGCCACUUUCCUAAAAUCAAGGAGUAAUCUUAAUCAUGUUUUGUAUUAAUGUAAGAUUGGAUAGUGAUAUUUUAGCCAUAUGUAUAUAGAGUAGUCAUUUCAAAUGUAAACAUUUUGCUUCCUACUGUUGUGGCCUUUUAACUUGUGAACAUUUUAAAAUUGUGUUGUAUUUCUGAUUUUACAUUUAAUAAAAGCUUUUGACUUGU